AUGGCGGGCGAGGCGGCGCCGCCGCGGCCCGGCGUCGGCGUGGGGGUGGUGGUCACGAGCGCCGAGCACCCCGGCUGCGUCCUGCUGGGCAGGAGGAAGGGCGCCAUGGGCGACGGCGCCUUCCAACUCCCCGGCGGCCACCUGGAGUUCGGGGAGAGCCUGGCCGAGUGCGCGGCGCGGGAGGCGCGCGAGGAGGCGGCUCUGCGCCUGCGCCGCGUGCGCUUCGCCUCCGCCGUGAACGCGGCGUGCGCCGCCGCGCGCUACCACUACGUCACGGUGCUCAUGCGGGCCGAGGCGGAGCCGGGCGCCGAGCCGCGCAACUGCGAGCCGCACAAGAACGAGGGCUGGCAGUGGGUGAAGUGGGACGAGUUUCCUCCGGCGGAGCAGCUGUUCUGGCCCUUGCGCUGCUUGAGAGAACAAGGGUACAAUCCUUUCACGGAAGAUUUUGAGCACCUGAAGGGAUACACGGGAAGUCACCAGCUGUYAUGAAAAAUAGUUUUAUGUUGUGUAACCUGUUUCACGGGCAGCCCUGCUUUUCCAGUGUAAAAAAUAAUGUAUGUAUGUAAAAACA